GCCCCGCUUGGCUCACUCUGCAAAAUGGCGACUUCCCUGGGAUCCAACACCUACAACAGACAGAACUGGGAAGACGCGGAUUUUCCAAUUCUGUGUCAGACAUGUUUAGGAGAAAAUCCUUACAUCCGUAUGACAAAGGAGAAGUAUGGGAAAGAAUGCAAGAUCUGCGCUCGACCCUUUACUGUGUUCCGAUGGUGUCCGGGGACACGAAUGCGUUUCAAAAAAACAGAAGUCUGUCAGACCUGCAGUAAAAUGAAGAAUGUUUGUCAGACAUGUCUGUUGGACUUGGAGUAUGGUUUACCAAUCCAGGUGCGAGACACAGGACUCUCUGUUAAAGAUGAAGUUCCAAAGUCAGAUGUGAAUAAAGAAUACUACACACAGAACAUGGAGAGAGAGAUAGCUAAUUCCGAUGGCACACGACCGGUGGGCCAACUUGGUAAGGCUGCAAGUUCUAGUGAUAUGCUACUCAAACUGGCCCGUACCACUCCAUAUUACAAGAGGAACCGGCCACACAUCUGCUCCUUCUGGGUGAAAGGAGAGUGUAAGAGAGGGGAGGAGUGUCCCUACAGGCAUGAGAAGCCCACAGAUCCUGAUGACCCUCUAGCUGACCAGAACAUUAAAGAUCGUUAUUACGGCAUCAAUGACCCAGUGGCUGACAAGCUGCUAAAACGGGCUUCAACUAUGCCUCGAUUGGACCCACCGGAAGACAAGUCCAUCACUACCCUCUACAUCGGCGGUUUGGGCGAUACUGUCACAGAUGGAGAUCUCAAGAGUCACUUCUACCAGUUUGGUGAAAUUCGGACCAUUACCAUAGUCCAAAGGCAGCAGUGUGCGUUCAUCCAGUUUGCCACGCGGCCAGCAGCUGAGAUGGCUGCUGAGAAGUCCUUCAACAAACUCAUCAUUAAUGGCCGGAGGCUUACUGUCAAAUGGGGAAGGUCUCAGGCAGCAAGAGGGAAGGAAGGCAUCAAAGAUGGUGUGAGUGAGAUGGGUACCCGACUGGAUCCUGUACCUGGACUGCCAGGAGCUCUACCGCCACCACCACCUCUAGAUGAAGAAGCUCCUGCAAACUACUUCAACCUAGACCCCAGCUCCUCUCCUGCUGUCAUGAACAUUGCUUUGCCCCCACCUCCUGGCAUCAACCCACCUCCUCCAGGUUUUGGCCCUCCAAUGUUUCACCCCAUUGGUCCCAUGGCCCCACCGAUUCCCCCUCCUAUGAGCAUGAGACCUCCAGGUCAAAUCCACUACCCGUCCCAGGAUCCUCAGCGCAUGGGUGCCCACGCUGCACACGGCUCACGUCAUGGCGAUUAGCUGACAGAGUGAAAUCAUGCUGUUAUUAGGUGUCAUUCUUUUUGUAAUGUUAAACCUAGUCAGGUGUGUUCACUUGAAAUACUCUUGGUGAGCCUCAAACAUGAAGACUGUUUCUGGGAGAAAUCUACUGCAUAGAUAAAUAUCAUUUCUGACUAUGCCACCUGCAGUGCAGUAAAUGAACUGAACGAGCAUCUGCGUGUGGACAGACGACAAGCAAGGUCUUGGUCACUACUCACAGUUAAAUAGUACCAGAACCACAUCAACACUGCGGAAAUUAACAUUAACAAUGAAAGACUUCAUGAGAGUACUGGCCACAUGGGCUCCUGUGGUUGGAGCCAUUGUGUCUAUAUAAAAAUGUAUUCUUUAGGUUAAACUUGUAAUUGUCUUAUGUGUAGUGUCACAUGGAGUUGAGAAACAUUCUGAGCAACAUUUUUGAACCUGUUCAUUUUCAGUUACAUUGACUUUUUUUUAUUUGACACAAUCUUAAUUUUCCACAGCAUAAUGACUUAGUUUAUUGUCAGGAUUUCUUUGAAUUAUGUUUUCACUUGUCCAUUAAAAUGACUCAUUUUUGUCAAUGAC